AUGACAAACCUCAAGAUGUUUUCCAAAUUCUUUUCGUUGACGGCAUUGCUACAAUUGGUGCCUUGUGCAAAUGGUGCUGGGCAGCAACAUGUAUUGAAAGAUAAACCUACCAGUCCAUUUGACGCCAAAUUUGCAAAACUAGCCAAAGAUACACUGGAGCUAUGGCAUGUACCUGGCGUUUCGAUUGCGGUUGUUGAUGGCAAUGAUACAUGGGCAGAGGGCUACGGUAUCUCUUCAUUUCCCUCCACACCCGUCACGCCAGAAACGCUUUUCUGCGGCGCCAGCACCACAAAAGCCUUCACAGCCGCCGCCAUGGCCCUCCUUAUCUCCUCAUCCAACUACACCGGUCUCUCCUGGGACACGCCGAUCUCCAGUCUCAUCCGGGAAGAUUUCGUGCUCCCGGACCUGUAUUCCACCGAGCACGUUACCAUUGAAGACGCGCUUUCUCAUCGUACUGGCAUGCCUGCUCAUGAUGCCAGUUACGGGGGUACGAAUGAGAAGGGCGAGAAGAGGGGCGUGAGAGAUUUGGUGCGGAGUUUGAGACAUUUGCCGCUCACUGCGCCGUUGAGAAUGAGGUUUCAGUAUUGUAAUAUGAUGUUUGUUGCUGUUAGCCAUGUUGUUGAGACACUCACGGGGGUGGGGCUGGGUGAUUUCUUGAAAGAGAAUAUUUGGGAGCCGUUGGGGAUGAAGUCUACGUAUUUCGACACAGACGCCGCACAAGCAGCUCCAGAGCCCUUUGCUCAAGGCUAUGUCUAUUACGAAGAAAAGUACCAACCGGUUCCAUACAUGGACCUUUAUAUUGUCUCUGGAGCGGGUGCCGUGAUUUCCAACGUCCUGGACUAUUCAAAAUGGAUCCGAGCCUUUUUAACCACCUCCGGACCUCUUUCCAAUUCAGACUACGCAGCCCUGAAAACUCCCCGUACGCUUCUUCCUACUAGUGGAGAACUGUCACGGUUCCCUCAACCAUAUACUGGACCCCGCUCUUACGCUCUCGGUUGGUAUCAUGGCGUGUACCAGGGAUAUGAGUAUUUUGGGCAUAGUGGCGGCAUGGAAGCUUUCGGCGCAGAGGUUGUUAUAUUCCCCGACCUAAACUACGGCCUCGUCUCCUUCGGCAACACAGGAGAAACCUCCAACUUCGCAAUCCUAAAAUUAAUCUACGACCUGAUUGACGAAAAGCUAGUCAUCCCUCCCGAAAAGCGCUAUGAUUGGAAUAAGCAAAACCAAGCCCUCCUCCACCGCCGCAACCACACCUACUACAACUCACCUCAGGCCCUCUAUCCCUCUAUCCCCUCUCCUCCCCUCCCCCUCACCCUCCCCCUCGCCUCCUACACAGGCACUUACACUCACCCCGCCUACCACGCCCUCACGCUAGUCCUCCUAAACAACACCCUACACUUCUACCGCGACAACGCGAGCUGGGUGACCACGUUCGAGCUGCAGCACGUCAGCGGCGAGUUUUUCCUGGCGUAUAUGGACUCGCGGGCCGCGCCCGGAGGAAUUUUUUGGGCGGUGCGUAAGGCGGAGUUCGUGUUAGGGAGUGAGGGCGUGGUGAGGAAGUUUGGGGUUGCGCUAGAGGUGGGGAUGGGGGAGGAGGGGAGGAUUUGGUUUGAGAGGGUUUGA